AUUUCGAUUAUGUAUCUGAGUAUCAAUCAUUGAAUACAUAUCUUUUUAUUCAUAUGGUUUUUUCCAUUAACAAGCUGACCAAUUUUGCAGGUAAAAUGGUCUGGAGUAGUGAGGUCACAACGCUUCACUACUCCAUUUGUGGAUGAGAUGUAUGAUCGGCUUAAAGAGACUUUGAAUGAUUAUGAGGUCAUUAUAUGCCGGUGGCCAGAAUAUACUUUCGCUUUGGAGAAUGCGGUUGCUGAUAUUCAGAAGGCAUUAAUCGAUGCUCUAGACAAACAAUAUGCAGAUGUGGUAGCACCUUUGAAAGAGAAUAUGACACCCAAGAAGUUUGGGCUUAAGUUUGUACAAAAGCUUGCCAAACGAACCACAAAUCCUUAUGCGGUGCCUCCUGAGCUUGGCAUUCUCUUGAACUCGAUGAAGAGAAUGUUGGAUGGGUUGCGUCCUAAAAUUGAGCUCCAAUUGAAGUCAUGGGGUUCGUGUUGUAUUCCUGAUGGUGGGAAUGUAGCACCUGGCGAACGUUUAAGUGAAGUCACCGUGAUGCUUAGAUCCAAGUUUAGAAAUUAUCUUCAAGCAGUUGUUGAGAAGCUUAUGGAGAAUACAAGAUUACAAAAUGGUACAAAACUCAAGAAAAUCCUUCAAGAUUCGAAGGGAAGUUUGGCAGAAUCUGAAAUCCGAUGCAGAAUGCAACCCUUAACAGAGCAGCUAACAAAUACUAUUAAUCAGCUCCACACAAUAUUUGAGACCCAUGUUUUUAUUGCAUUAUGCAGAGGAUAUUGGGACCGUAUGGGACAAGAUGUUUUUGGGUUUUCUUGAGAACAGGAAAGAGAAUCGUUCAUGGUACAAAGGAUCAAGAGUUGCCAUUUCUAUUUUGGAUGAUACAUUUGCAUCACAGUUGCAGCAAUUACUUGGGAACACACUUCAAUAUAAGGAUCUUGAACCGCCAAGAUCCAUUGUUGAAGUGCAGUCAAUGCUGUGCAAGGAUGCUUCUAGUUACAAAAACGAUGCAUUUUACUUUUAGUAGCGGUUUUGCACAUACAUAUAGGAAGAUAGCUGAUACUCUCGACUGGUGAGCAUCAAAGGUCAAAUUUUGCCGUUUUCACACACAAUCCUCCCGUACCCUGCUAUUUUUUGAGGUCGUUUCAAUCAAUGAUCAUGCGUAGUUAUAUCUAACAAGUAUAGAAAAAUGAUUUUUAUAGUUGUAGUGAAUAUUAUAGAGAUUCAAGAACCCGUAAAUUGAAUAUAGUAAUCCAAUAAUUGUUUUGUUCA